AUGUGCAAGAAGCAUUUCCUGUCACGGUUCAGUGACACGAGUUUGUUCGAUGCACCUCGGAGCGUCAUACUCACGGCAAUUACAGGAACAGUGACCACUCAUCACUGGCCGGCGUCAGAGGUGCUAGACUUAAAGGCUGCCUCUUGCCAGAAGACCGACCCACGGUUUACGAUGACCAUCCCUACUGGCCGCUACGUUAUUCAGAACGUACGCAGCAAGAAUCAGCUGCAGCUGCCUGACCCAAACGAUGGGUCCCGUGUACAGGCCACUUCACAGGACACCACCGGCACAGGCCCGCUGAAGGUUGGGCAUUAUUAUGUCUUGAGCCCAUAUAGCCUUCGUCUAACGGCUAAACUUGGUAAUGGCAAGUACACCAUUCAAAACCAAACCCAUGCGUCAUAUGCCUGUUGUGGUCCCCGUGCACCUCUUGGCGGUGAGGUUGUAGUUCAUCAUUCAAGAGACGAGGAUCAGAGGCCAUUACGCCUGUACUGGGGUCUGCCGGACGACGCGCUGGAGACUCCUGUUGGGCUUGCAUCUACCUUCACUGACACUCGCAAUCACUGGCAAUUCAUCAGUGCUUGA